AACCUGUAGUCUGCUGUGUUCACAGACACACACAGUGCCUGAAAAGCAGGCAAAAUGGGUGGACAUGAAAAUCAAAUUCACAAUGAAUAUGGUUGCUCUGACACUGGAGGUGUCAAGGCCAUGGCCAUCCAGGGCCGAAUGGCUCGUGAAAGAGAAAGAUUAAUUGGCAUGACCGAUGAGGAACGAGCUUGGAGAGCUCAAUGGUUAAAAGAUCAACACCUGCACGGAGAGCCUGUAGAGCCAAAAAAUUAUUAUGUAGAAAGAUAUAAUCCUAUCAGAAGAUUUUAUAGAUACCCUUUGGAUAAGCUGGAAAGUGCAUUAAAACCCCUUAUUGGUACAAACAAAGCUAUUAUAACAAGACAUGUUAUUGGUAAAGGUGGAUUUUUGAUAGCCAGCAUAUAUUCCACAUGGUACUACUUCAAGUAUAAUGCAGGUGAUUGGACAAGAAAAGGUGGAUGGAAAGUUACCUACAACAGAAUUCCAACAUAUCCUGGAGAUCCAGGCUAUCCCAAUUUCAAAGAGAAGACAGCACAAGAGUUUGCUACUUUUGGUUUUGAAAAUUCACCCAUAUAAAAGAAUUUCACGGAAAAUCUGUACAAUAUAUUACUCGAUAGUUAAAAUUAUAAUAAAAUAUAUUACGUU